CUUCUCUCCGCCUGUUGUCUGAGACUCAAGUAAAUCCCCUUCUCAGCAUUGAGAGAGUGAAGGCAGAAGGGAGCUGGUCCAAUUUUUAAGACACGCAUCAAGGCUGCUUUUAUUUUUAAAGAUCAGUAAGGCCCUCUGUCGCCCUCAUGUGGCUCUACGCGGUGGUGCUGCUGGCAGUGCUCUGGGUGCUGGGCUGGCUCUGGAGGGACAGUCUGCUGGUUGGUAAGAUCUCCGAGAAGUUUGUUUUCGUGACAGGCUGUGACUCCGGCUUCGGGAAUCUGCUGUGUAAGAGAUUGGACCGGCAGGGAUUUCGGGUCCUGGCGGGAUGUCUGACACAGAAAGGAGCCGACGAUCUGCAGAGGAGUUCCGGACCCAACCUGAAGACUGUCCUCCUGGACGUCACGGACAGCGCCAGCGUGCAGAGGGCUGUGGAGUGGGUGCAGGGGGAGGUGGGGGAGAGAGGUCUCUGGGGGCUGGUAAACAAUGCCGGACGUUCUGUUCCCAUGGGCCCCACCGAGUGGAUGCGGAUGGAGGAUUUCCACAGCACUCUGCGGGUCAACAUGCUGGGCGUGAUCGAGACCACUCUGGGCUUCCUGCCUCUGCUGAAGAGGGCCCGCGGGCGCGUGGUCAAUGUGGCUUCAGUGCUGGGCAGGCUGGCAGCCAACGGGGGGGGGUACUGCAUCUCCAAAUUUGGGGUGGAGGCCUUCUCCGACUGCCUGAGGAGAGAUAUCCACUACUUUGGGAUCAAGGUGAGUAUCAUUGAGCCUGGCUUCUUCAGGACGGCUGUGACGAGCCUCGAGCCCAUUGAGAGAGAGCUGCACAGACUGUGGGAGCAGCUGAGCCCGGAGGUGCGGGAGAGCUAUGGAGAGAAAUACUUUGACAAGUAUAUUAAGAUCCAGAGAUUCGUCAUGAAUACCUUCUGUGACCCGGAUCUGUCCAAAGUGACGGAUUGCAUGGAGCACGCCCUGAAAGCAAAGUUCCCCCGCACUCGAUACAGCGCUGGGUGGGACGCCAAGGUGGGCUGGAUCCCCUUCUCCUAUGCACCAGCCUUCAUCAUUGACAGCAUGCUCAACACUGUGCUGCCCAGACCAGCGCAGAGUGCAUAGAGAACCAGCUGGACUGAAACUACACGACAAAUACAACCUUGCUUAAAGAGAAACAUCGGCACUGUGACAGUCAGGGUAUAUGAAAGAGGGGUGUUCAGCUUGACAGCUUUAGAUUUUGUUUUGAUAAAUGUUAAAGUGUUUGUAACUAAUAAAAUAUUUCCAUUCGUUUUCCACGCCAUACACAUCUAUUAACUAUGCAGAUCUCAAAUGUGCAGUUUUGAUGGAGUUUUUUCAUUUUAAAGCAUGAUUUCUGGUACUGGAUUAAAGAGACCUCACUGGCCCCACCCCUUCCUGUCCUGUCAUUAACCAACCAGCUGCUUCCCCUGUUGACUGAAAAGCCUUCAGUCAAGCUUUUACUCAGAAGACACUACUGAGGUGAGAUAACCCAGGAAGAGCAACAGAUGUUCUGUGAAAAAGGCAAGGACACUGAGAACGUUCUCUAGUCUCAGUGCAGUACCAGAUGUUUAAAAAAGAAACCCAUGCUUGCUGUAACAUGUGUUUCUUUCACAACUGCACAUUUGAGAGCCACAUAGUAAAUGGAAAUGUACGGCACACAGGAAUGGUUGUGUUUCCCUGGACUCCAUUGCUGCUUACUGAACAUCUGUCUGAGCACAGGUAGCCAUGUAUUUAUUAAUGUGCAGCACAAAUCCAACCCAACCAUGUAAACUUACCCUGAACCCUGCAGUUCUAGUGCUAGGCAUGUCGUUCUAUGAAGCGGUUCUGCAGCCCUUUAUGAAACUUGCAUCACAACUGAAUGAGACUAAGUGCCAUGGUUAAGCCAGUUUCCUUACUACAUUUCCAACAGUGUAGUGAAAAAAGUAAGCUAAUGGUUUUUGAUUCAAAAACACUUUAUAUACAAGAAAGGUAUAUCUCCAAUACAAUCAUAUAAGCACGAGAUUUAAACUGACUCUGGACCAGGCCUCAGUACAGCUCAGUGCAUAUGUUUGUAUCAGAAAGCAUGGACAUCCAUGGAGUCAAUUCGAAAGAGAUGAAAAGACUGACAAAACUUUACAAUGUUUGAUAUUUAUACCUUUGUAAGCAAUUGUUGACUCCACUCCCAUUUGUCUUACUUCUGUCCAAUGAUAGGGGUUUCCACUCAAUCAUUGCACAUUCCCUCUGCGGGGGGAAAAGGGGGGGUUGCAUACCACGUUGUACCUAGCAGGGCGCACCCAUCUCACACUAUUUCUGCUAAUCUCCUGCCUUUUGGUGUUUAGCUCAGACACCUAUCUGUGAGUUUGAGUCGUGUUAGGCUGUGCAAAACUGCACGUAGCUUAUUUUGCUGAUGGGAAAUGAAAGAACUCGAAACGUACACAAUACUGUAUAGAAACUUAAUAUAAAAGCAUAUUAAAACAAUUGAAUUAGUAAGCACAUUAAAACGACUAUAAAAACACAUUCACACACAAUUUAAACAUAAUGAUUAAAAACAACAACUAUAAAAGACACACACAUACACAUAACGUAAAACUUAUAAUUAAUACCUCAUGCAGAAAGCCAUCACUACAACAGAACACGUUAAUAUCCAUUGAUACACAAUCAAACAGCAGCACCUGGAACCCUUGGGGAUGAUUACACCAGACCAGCGUGGGAAUAUUACUGUGCAGGAUACUCUCAAAAUAGCUUCCAUUUAAAAAUGCCCUUUGCCUAAUAUUAUAUAGCGUGUUAAUAUAGCAUAAGGAUAAAACCAUAUGAAACUCAGGCCCAGGGAGCAGCAAGCUGAGGUUGAAGGCAGGAGUCAGCCCUUCAGUGAUGUCACUCCUGGAGGCCAGGAUGCUCCUGAGAGGAAUCAUGUGCAAGGGCUCCCCCUGGUGGUUUUCUUACUGUUUAAACAGCAGUGGCCUUCACCAUUGUAAAGCAGGCUCCCUCUGUAUUAGGAGAGUUUGAACAUUUCAAAAUACGUAAAGAAACUCAAUAAAUUCAAUGACCAACAUUCCCACUCAUUACUUUUCUUUAGUAUUUCAAAAUGCAUCACUUUCAUUUGUUAUGGAGGGUAUUUAGAACAUUUAUGGACAUGUUAUAUUCACCACUGGUCCUGGAUUUUUUAUUUGUUAUGGAGGGUAUUUAGAACAUGUAUGGGCAUGUUAUAUUCACCACUGGUCCUGGAUUUUUUAUUUGUUAUGGAGGGUAUUUAGAACAUGUAUGGGCAUGUUAUAUUCACCACUGGUCCUGGAUUUUUUUUAGCAUUGCACAUUUUCAGAUGUCCUGUAAUUUAUACUAAAACUGACAUUGAAAUGAAAUGCGUUUAAAAUUAAAGUUAGUUUCAGACUGUGGUAA